AUGAGCAUCUCCACCGACGACAACGACAAGAUCCUCUUUGUCCAAACUGGUGGGACAAUCGACAAGGAUUAUCCCCGCAGCACUGGUGGCUAUGCGUUUGAGUUUGGAGAACCCGCCACCAUUCGGCUGUUGGAUCGGCUGCAGCCAUCGUUUGCGUAUACCGUUGCGACCGCAUUUCAAAAGGACAGUUUGGAAGUGACGGAUCAAGACCGAGAAGAAUUGGCCACCUUGAUUGGAAAGGCUUCGGAAAGUCGGGUGAUUGUCACACAUGGUACCGACACCAUGAUUGAUACAGCCAAAUAUCUACAGCUGGCCAAGAACGAGCGGUUACUAAAACACAAGACGAUUGUACUCACGGGGGCCAUGCGACCCGAGCGGUUUAGCAAUUCCGACGCCCCACUGAACCUUGGAGCGGCCAUUGCAGCCGUGCAACUGGCACCCGCGGGGAGUGUCCUUGUCACCAUGCACGGUGUGGUUCGACCGGCUCAGGAAGCCACCAGGGAUAUGGAGACUGGGCAAUUCAAGUAG